UUACCGUACCCUCCGGUCAGCGUGACCACCGAGGGGCGGGACAUCCUUCAUUCUCUCAGCGCCGCUGCUUUCCUCUCAGUUUGAUUCAGAUCGCAUUAAAAUGAGCAGAUCCGACGGGAAGAUCAUCGCUGUGAUCGGCAGUGGGCUGAUCGGCCGCUCCUGGGCCAUGGUGUUUGUCAGUGGAGGCUACAGUGUGAAGAUCUAUGACAACCAGCCAGGACAGUCUGCCAAGGCCAUCACGGAGAUCAGGAAGCAGCUGGCGGAGCUGGAGGAAGCUCACAUGCUCCGCGGAACGCUGACGGCCUCUCAGCAGCUGGCGCUGCUCAGCAGCUACGACGACCUGGCCGCGGCGCUGCAGGGGGCGUUCUUCAUACAGGAGUGUGUAUUCGAGCAGCUUGAGGUCAAGCAGAGCAUCUUCCAGGAUGUAGAGCGUCUGGUGGGUCCAGAUGUCGUCCUGAGCAGCUCCACCUCCUGCCUCGUGCCCAGCAACGUCUUCUCCAGGGUGCAGAACCAGAGCCGCUGCCUCGUGUCCCAUCCGGUAAACCCACCUUACUACGUCAGACUGGUGGAGCUGGUCCCCCACCCAGAGACGGCCAUGACCGUUAUGAACGCCACCCACGCUCUGAUGACCGAGGUUGGACAGGCUCCCGUUCUUCUGAAGAAGGAGAUUGACGGCUUCGCAGUCAACAGAGUCCAGGCGGCCAUCAUCGCAGAGUCCUGGAGGCUGGUGCAGGACGGCUUUAUCUCUGUGAAGGACAUCGACCUGGUGAUGUCGGAGGGGCUGGGAAUGCGCUACGCCUUCAUCGGGCCCAUGGAAACCAUCCACCUGAACGCCCCUGAAGGGCUGGAGGACUACAUGAGGCGGUACGGCGAAGGCUUCACCCGGCUGCUGCACUCCUUCGGCCCCGUUCCGGACUUCUGCGGCGCCGGAGCCAAGAGUGUGGCCGAGGAGAUGUACGAGCUGAUUCCCAACCAGGAGGCUCAGCUGGAGGCCAGGAGGCAGCGGAGGGACCAGCUGCUGAGGAGUCUGGCCCGGCUGAAGAAGGAGCAGCAGUAGCGCCGGGUCCAGAAGCUUCUCGCCUCCGAGCCACCGGCUUCCCAAAGCUCCGGUCUCCUUCGUCCGCCGUCGCUACUUUUCUAGUCAGUUUGGUGUCGAUUUCAUCUGAUUUUAAAAAGAAAAACCAAUCUGUUUUAAGAUAAGCAGAAGAUAUUUCCUGCAGAGGCUCUUCUGUCAUGACUGUAAAGAGUUCUGCUCAUCACGGCUUUUCAGAGGCUUCGUUUUCAGUGAUUGUGCUUCAAACGUCCUCCAGUCCGAGCUGCUGCUGGAGCAGAGAACAUACUGGCAAAGCUGCAAGCACAUCCUAAUCCAGGCAGAUCAAGCAGUCCUGACUGCAGGAUGAGACUAUUUUAUAGGAAUUAAAAAUCAGGAAAUGUGAUUUAAAAAGACUUUUUGUAUUUUUUUCUAAAGAUUUUUAGGCACUGAUCAUGAGCUGAAUAAAUAAAUGAUAG